AUGAUGUAACUUUCAUUUCCUGAUCAGCAGGGGUCACACACGAGUAAUGAGCAUUUAGUGUGAAGAGACCUCUUUACACAGCUGUAUCUCUGACUUUAUGUUAAUACUUCUCUAAGUACUGAGGCUACAUGAUGCUACGAACCCUUUGUCGGAGCGGCGGGGCCCUGUUGAGGCAAACCCAGCGGCCCGUGCCGAGGUUGUGGGUCACACCAGCUCAGCAGCGAUGGGCCUCCAGCCUUCCCAUGAACACCGUGGUUCUGUUUGUGCCUCAGCAGGAAGCCUGGGUGGUGGAGAGGAUGGGUCGCUUUCACCGGAUUCUGGAGCCGGGAUUAAACUUUCUUAUACCUCUACUUGACCGAAUUCGCUACGUCCAGAGUCUCAAAGAGAUUGUCAUCGAUGUCCCAGAGCAGUCUGCAGUAUCUCUAGAUAACGUAACAUUACAAAUCGAUGGAGUUCUUUAUUUAAGGAUUCUAGACCCGUUUAAGGCCAGUUAUGGAGUCGAGGAUCCAGAAUAUGCCGUCACACAGCUGGCACAGACCACCAUGCGUUCAGAACUGGGCAAACUCACACUGGACAAAGUGUUCAGGGAAAGGGAGUCUCUCAAUGCCAACAUUGUUCACUCCAUCAACCAGGCGUCAGACGAGUGGGGAAUCCGCUGCCUCCGCUACGAGAUUAAAGAUAUACAUGUUCCACCUCGUGUCAAAGAAUCCAUGCAGAUGCAGGUGGAGGCCGAGCGUAAGAAAAGAGCCACAGUGCUGGAGUCUGAGGGGACGAGGGAGGCAGCCAUUAACGUGGCCGAGGGCCGUAAACAGGCCCAGAUCCUGGCAUCAGAGGGUGAAAAGGCCGAGCAGAUCAAUAAAGCUGCCGGUGAAGCUCAAGCCGUCUUAGCCAAAGCCGAGGCCAAAGCUGAAGCCAUCCGUAUGCUGUCCGCGGCUCUGACUGAGCAGAAUGGAAAUGCAGCUGCCUCUCUGAGUGUGGCCGAACAGUACGUGUCUGCAUUUUCCAAACUUGCCAAAGAGUCCAACACUGUCCUCCUGCCUACGAACACUGGGGACAUUACUGGGAUGGUCACACAGGCCAUGACCAUUUACGGUACACUGUCAAAGACAAGCCCAAAAGUAGAAAGCGUGGCACCAAAAGUGUUGGAGGAGCAAAUAGAAGAUCCUGUGAACCACUCGGCAUGAUCUUCACAACAGUGGACUCGAAUCAGUGAACUCAGUUCCAGAUAGAGAAGCAGUUUAUGUUCAAUAGUUAAAGUCUCUGAGGCAUCACAGUGGGAAUAAAGUUCACAGUCCUUCUUCUAAUAGGACAGAUGGAAAAAACUGCACACUUCAGAAAGCCUUGCCUUGGAGCGAUGGGAGAGUCACUUGUUUUGUAAGAACUUUUCUGGUCUUUAGUGACUUAUGUUUGUGUGUCAGCCAUUUAUUGUCAGGUUUGGAAAUUAACACCAGCUCCCAGAGAGUUUGGCUGGACAGUAACAUGGAGAAAAACUUGUGAGGUGUUUGGAUUUAUUUGUUGCCGUGGGUAACCGGCACAAAAAAAGUCAACUUCUUGACCCAAAUAAUCCCCUGGACGUGAACUGAAGUCUCUUUCUGAGUCGUUAUGAAUUUGAUUUGAAGUAAAAGCCCUACAGUGGAACUAAAUAUAUAACAUUUACCUUAAAAUCUAUUUGUAUUGAACAUUUAUGUUUUGCAGCUGCCCAAAUAUGUGUAUUCAGGAGCUGUAGAUUUAUUAAUUUUGACUGUAAACUCAGGUGAGCUAUCUACUGUAGUGUGGCUCCUUGAUGUUAAAGUUCACCAUCGUAUAUUUACUUCGUUUACAGAAUUUUUUUUCAGCUGUCCUUACCAUCGUUGGGACCAGAGUUUGUGUUUGAGUUGCUAUACUUUGCACAGCUGGAUGUCUCAGAAAGGUGGAAAGUUAGAAGUUGGGGCUUUCACAAUCAUUUGGCUCCAUUUCUUUGUGUAGUAAUAUUAAAUAUUUACAAAUGCCUCCCUUUUUGACCCGAGUUUAGUCUUUAAAAUAUCGUCCCCCUGUCCCUGCCAUCCUUUCCAUUACAUUAUUAUUUGGAAGUCAC